UGCUCAAGCGUGUGUUAGGUUUAGGCUGACCCCUCCCCUUUGCUGGCAGGCUGUGGGCGGAGCGUGGUCGGAGCAUGGCGGAAGCAGUUGGGAUGAGUGGAUUGGAGAGUGUGAUUGAUCAGGUUUAGGUUGCAAAGCAUACAGUGGCUACUAUGGCAAUCGGAGCUCACAUUGGACUUAAAGAGUUAUGUGACCUAUCAUCUUCAGUAAAGUCCUUCCUUGGACCUCUUAAAUCACACAAGUUCAUUUAUGACCAGGAUACCCAAGAGAGUUCUCUAACUUGCUCAGCAUUUCGACUUCUGGGGAAUCUACACUUAACAGGUGCAGUUGGUCAACUUCUUCAUGAAACUAUUCAAGCCCACCAUAAGACCUACAAAACCGGUACAACAUCCUUGUUUUUCCUCGUUGGAGCUUGGAGUAAAGCUGUGUUGGAAGGUCUUCAUCAAGGAGUUCCUGUUGCGCUGAUUGUUUCAAUAAUGCAAGAAGGACUUAACUCUUGUAUUGAAAUAGUUGAAUCUUUACACAUAGAACAUGAGUGUGUACUUAACCUAAAUUCAAGCAACCAGAUACUUGCAAGAGAUAUAAGCGAUGCUUGUAGCAAAAAUCGCUCGGUUUCCUGCAUAGAUCAACCUGUUGCUACAUCUGGUUUUUAUCAUUCAAAUAACCUGCCUAAAAACAGGAUGCAAAUGCAAUUUCCUCAAAGAGGAGGUAUAGGAGGCCAGGCUCGCCAGAUGAAUAGGCUCUCUCAUAGCAGACACUUCUCCGUCUCAAACAAAAGCUGUUUUCACAGUUCAGGAUCAACACUUCCCACCAAUAAUCACACUUUAAUGGAUUUGACACGAUCUUUAAGUCAUGGAAGUUUAGAAGCCAUGAGUCUUGUGGAAGAGGCAGUUCGUCAUCUCUGUGAAAGUGUGGAGACCAAGUCUGUCACUAAAGAUCUCUUUCGGGCAUCGAGGCUUGAACUUUGUUUUUUAAAAGGUCAAUCGGAGGCGUUCUCAAAUGCUUCCUUGGGGUACACUACUUUACUGGCUGCAGAAAAUUGUGCUUUGGUCAAAGGCUUAGAAGGCAAAUCUUUGAAGGCCCUUCUUGUGGAUGGAGAAGUGGCUGAGAAUUAUCGACAUGUAGGUUUCAUCAAGGCAACAAAUGUAAGGGCAAUCGCUGAGUUUAAAAGUGAGAAAAGUGAUCUCUCAUGGAUAAACACUGUCUGUAAGAGAAUUAUUCAUGCCGGUAUUGAUAUCAUUUUAGUAAGAGGUGAUGUCUGUCAACAGUUUAUGAUCGAGUGCAGUUGUCGAGGUAUUCUAGUCAUCCCUCGUGUACGACAAAAUGUCCUGCAGGCAUUCAGUGAAUGCACAGGAGCAGAACUUGUGACCUACCUAGCACAGAUUAAUUGCAACAGCAUAGGCUGCCAUGUGUACGUAAGUGUAUGCAUGAGGGGGGAUUCCAUUUUACAAUGCGGUCAAAGGAUUGCCGUUAACCUCAAGGCAAAAGGUUUGAAUUUUGUCACAGCGGUUAUAAGUUGCAGAUGGUCGGCAAAAGAGCAAUUACUAGAAGAUGAGUUUUGGGCCUGCGCUUAUAGAUUACAUCACGCCCUUUAUGACCAAAAAGUGUUUCCUGGUGGAGGUGCCGUUGAACUCUUGUGUCUCCACCAUCUUAGAAAACUUGAGGAAAUGGCUGGAACUUUCAGUCCAGAGAGUAAAGGAUCUUAUCCCUCAUCAUGGCUUUCUACUACUGCCAUACAUUCUAAAGGUUAUAUAUACAAGUGCCUUGCUGAUGGUUUCUGUAAAUACCUCUCUGUUCUUUUCUAUAACAUGGGGGAAUGCUCUUCAGAGCUGGAAGCAAUGACUUUCAUUAAUAAUGAACUAAAGAACAUUAGAGAUUUUUCUUCUCCCUCUUCGUAUAUUUUGAACAAGUAUGUCAGAAACCUUGUUUCAGUUGAUGGUCAAGAACUUUCCUCAUCAUAUAGACCCACAGUGUAUGAUAAUGUGAUCCCGAAGCUGGAAGCAUGGCGUAGAGCCCUGCAUUUGGUUCUCAUUGUUCUUCAGUCGGAUGCGGAGAUCAUCACGGGGUCAGCUGCACACAAACAGACACUAAAAGGAGACUUUAUAACUGGAGAGCAUCUUGCUCUGUAAUGUUUGUCAAGUUUAAAGUGAUUGUAAAGGUUACAUUUUUUUUCUUUUUUAAAUAACAAACAU